AUGAGACCUACUCCAGACCUCCCAUUCUCUCGCAAACCCUCCGACCAUCCCCCAUCCCCAUCCCUCGAUCCCCGCACUGCAACCCCUGCGACCUUCUUCUUAUCGCGCAAUCCGCAUGUCGCGGAUUGGGAUUCCAGUAUAUCGAUAGAUAGCCCCGAGGAUGUCAAAGAGAAUAUGUAUGGAGUACAAAGCCUAGAUACCUCUCUGUCCCAAUCAGAAUUCCCAUCCUGGCCCCGCAAUCACUCCGCAGAGGACAGCCUGAAGCAGGCAACCGACGAUUUAGAAUCGCACCUCGCACAAUGCCGGUCAACGUUAAAGCCGUUAAACUCAGACACCGGGGAAUCAUCUGAACAUGCAUCACCCGUUCAUACAGUGUCUCGGCCCGUGACCCCACUUACGUUGGGCAUCCCCGAUGACCCAUCGUCGCUGCCCAGCAGCCCUAAAUCAAUAUCCAACCAGUCUUUGCGGCCACUCGACGAUAUCUCUAUCACAGAUGAAAUCAAUAGUCAGGCUAUGGGAUCUGGAGAUGAAGACGAAAUGCCCCAUGAGUCUCCUUUUUUGGGCCCAGGUGGGGCGGCCUCCCAGCUUAUCAUGCCAAGCAUCAAAAUGCCUAGUCGGCGACCGUUCACUGAGCGAGGGAAAGCUAUGGGACGAUUCAAGGUCCUUUUAGCUGGUGCUCCUGGCUCUGGUAAGACUUCAUUGAUUAAGUCUAUCGUUCAGACAUGCGACGAUAUCGUUCAUGUCGACGCCAUCCCACAGAUGACCUCUUCGGGACGCCGUAGAUCUUCCCGGCCUCGAUCUCGGGGGAGAUCGACUGCUACUACGGAAAUUUAUGCUAGCACCAAACCUUAUCCUUCAUGGUGGUCGGAUCUGGAAGAUUCGCGCGUCCUUCAGCGGCGGAAAAGCAUGGGGGAAAUUGUGCUAGAGAGGAAUCUCUGUUUCGUGGACACGCCUGCGACAAAUCUAAGCCGAGCAGGUCAAAGCGACGCUAUCGGGGAGUAUAUGAGACAACAAUUCUUCCGUGCCACCACUGCGCUCAGUGGGUCUAGUGUUGAUUUCCAAAAUCUCCUAGCCGGGAAUGGUGGAUCCCAGGUGGAUGCCAUCUUAUAUUUAAUUUCUACUGAUACCCUCUCAACAGACGUGGAAUGCAUCCGCAAGCUCUGCGAGCUAAGCAAUGUAAUCCCAAUAGUAUCCAAAGCAGACACCCUCACCCCGACUCAAGUCACUCACUUGAAAGUCCGCUUCCACGAACAAGCUCGCGAGGCCGGAAUCAAACCAUUCCUAUUCGGUGAUCUGCCAAACGGUCAAGACGGGCUCGAAUCCCAACCCCCUUAUGCCGUCUCUUCCGAGAAAACAGUCGAUGCCGAAACAAUGGAUGCAAGCACUCUAAUGAGUCCAGACUACGUUCAACCACUCAUACCCUCCGAACUAGACGCCCUAGUCACAAAAAUGUUUGAUCGCGACAAUCUAGCCUGGAUGCGCCAUUCUGCCGCAAAGAAACUUCUCCAGCAACGCACGGACUCGUAUUCGCUCCCUCCCUUAAUGCCGUUACCUAGUGCGCAGCUGGGUCCUACCGCAAAUGGGUCCGAAUAUGCAUAUAGCAGCUGGCGUUCCGUCACGGGAACCUCUAUGUCGCCCGGCUCUCCCCCCGGCUAUGCCAUGGCCCGCAUCGCAGACUACACCCGACAUGAGGAGCGUAUGGCGCAGGUCCGCCUCGCACAAUGGGCGACAGACCUGCAGCGCAGCCUGCAGAACGAGCGCAAUCGAUACACCUCGAUAGCCCGCGGCGAGCGCGCUAUAUGGCUCACCGAGCGGCUAGGCGAGUGUGUUAUCGACGGCUCGUUGGUGCCUCUUUCACAGACGCCUGGCUUCUGUGGCUUGCAUGGCCCCAUCGACGAGAAAAGCCCUGGUGGGUUCCAGGUCAUGCGCUCACAUGCCGGUUCCGGGGCGGCGUAUCGCUUCGCGAAGUACAGUCCGCAUGACCCGCUCGGCGUGGUUGGCUGGAUUGACGAACUCGGACAUCGGAGCUGGAUGCUUGUUCAGAUUGUCGGGAGUGUAGGGGUUGUUGGUGGUCUGGCGCUCUGGCUUGCGCGCACUUGGGGAUUUCCAACGCGCAGUCUUUCGGAUUUCCGGGUCGAUUAUUGGUGUGGUACUAUGGAACGGUAG